CUCAUGUGCACUUGGAGAUCGGAGAUGAUACCGAAGACUAUAUGGGUUGGAAAUAUUCUUCGUUGUUGACACAUGAGUGCAAGGAUUCUCACAAGGUAGUGGGGAACGGAUGCAAUUCAAUUUAAGAAAACCGGUUUCUUUCAACCUCCCCGCGCUUUCAACUUCUAUCUGUCAGGAUGCCUAUAGCCAGUGUCGAGUCGAGUACCGGAAAGAUCGUGUUUAACUACACAAUAUCGACACCCUCAGCUUCGUCGACUACGUCUAUCGAUGAAUGUCUACCAACGUUGUUAUUCAUCCAUGCGGUUUACCACGGACAACAGAUCUUUCAACGACAAUUUGAGGACCCGCAGAUAAGAAGAUUCAACUGCGUUGCGUUGGACCUUAGACUACAUGGUCUGACGACGAGCGACGAAAUUCCCGAAGGCUACAGUGCAAGGGAGGCUGCUGAGGACGUCGCGUUAUUUAUGGACGAGAUCGAUUUACCCGCCUGCCACAUCGUGGGCUUUGUCGAUGGGCACCAUGGUGGCGAUCAGCCUCGCUGUCUACUACCCCAACAAAGUCGCUUCUCUUUUCCUCGUGUCGCCGCUGGGGCUGGAGGAGAUAUCGCUGAUGGCCGGCGGGAAGUAGCAGAGUGCUGGAAGGGAGCUUUACAAGACAGACGAACUAGAUAUGGCGGCCAUCUCUGACUCAGUCUAUGGCAUCCAGCAAUUAUCUUUCAGCAACAAACCCAACAGCUUAG